UCCGGCUAAUAUUUUCUAAUUUUAAAAGAUUUGUGCUUGUGUUUCAUCGUUUUCUAAAAGCAUUUCGUUUUUCAAACCUAUAUUCUACCAUGACUAUUAUUUCCCUUAUCUCGUCUACCAAAUGCUUCGCCGGAUUACAAAAUGUGUACAGCCACCAAUCGAAGGUGCUGUCGUGCGAAAUGAAAUUCGCCAUCUUUCUUCCGGCGGUGGCCGACGAUCGUCGUUUACCCGUACUUUACUGGCUAUCGGGAUUGACCUGUAACGAAACCAACUUCAUCCAAAAAGCCGGUGCCCAGCGCUAUGCCACGGAAAACAACCUUAUCAUCGUGUGCCCAGAUACGUCGCCACGCAAUGUGAACAUCCCGGGAGAAGACGACUCUUGGGACUUUGGAUCCGGUGCUGGGUUUUAUGUCGAUGCAACUCAAGAACCGUGGAGCAAGCACUACCGCAUGUUCAGCUACGUCACGCAGGAACUUAUCGAUGUGGUUAACAACAACUUUCCAACGUUGGCGAAUAAAAUGAGCAUUUCCGGCCACAGCAUGGGCGGGCACGGAGCACUGGUUUGUGCUCUCAAGAAUCCCGGCCUAUUCAAGUCUGUGUCGGCCUUUGCUCCGAUCAGCAACCCAACGAAGUGUCCCUGGGGCGAGAAAGCCUUCGGUGGAUACAUGGGAACCGAGAAUAAGGACGAAUGGAAGAAUUGGGACGCCACGGAGCUUGUGGCCAACUACAAUGGUCCCCCACUUGAGCUGUACCUCGACCAGGGCUCGGAGGAUAGUUUCCUGAAGGACGGUCAGCUUUUGCCGCAAAAUCUAGUCGACGCAUGCCGGGCGGCACAGGUUCCGUGUGUGUUGAAUAUGCGCGAAGGGUAUGACCACAGUUACUUCUACGUAGCAUCGUUCAUCGGAGAGCACAUCGCGUAUCAUUCACGUCAUUUGAAUUAGCCAUGUUUUCCCACACGAACCAAUGAAACAUUGAGUUUUCGCAAUGAUGCAUUUUUGUACAGUAAA